AUGGACUCAUUCGCAGAGCCGUACACACGUCAGGGGGACGACAUCUCACUGGAACAAGUUCGCCAGAACAUCGCCUCUCUCGAAGAACAACACCGCAAGAAUGGAAUUCCUUUGUCUGGUCGUAUUCUACAUGUUUGCCACUAUCUACCUAUAACUGCGACCCUUCUACCCAAACCGUCGUUGGGUGUGCUCAGUCCGCCAGCAACCCCGCCUUCCAAACCAGCGGAUGUUCCUCAGGAGGACGGUUCUCUACCAACCGAACAGAAGACAGAACAGGAGGAACAGGCGAAAUGGUCUAUGGCACCUCGCCAUGGCCACGCUGCCAUGAUUUCUGGCAUUCGCUCCAUGUCUCAUACUCAUGAGCAGCUUAUUAUUGGCUGGACCGGGGACAUUGAGACACCCACAGGCGAAAAGGUUUCUUCAGACACAACCUCUCCCAAAGAGCGGCAAGAGUUCGAAGAGGCCCUCAACAAUUACCACCCGAAGGAGAGCGACCCUGAUGACGAGAGAGAUAGGAAGACCAAGUAUGUCCCUGUCUGGUUGGACGAUAAGGUCGCGCACGGCCAUUACGACGGGUAUUGCAAACAGACUCUCUGGCCACUAUUCCACUACCUCCUCUGGCAAGAUGUAGCCACAGAAUAUGCUUCGGCCGACUCACAUUACCCUUAUUACGAAUCAGCCAACGCUGCUUUCGCGAGGCGUAUUGCCGAUGUGUAUCGUCCUGGUGACCUCAUCUGGGUCCACGAUUACCACUUGCUCCUCGUCCCAAGGCUAGUACGCGAAUCUAUUCCAGAUGCCGUGCUUGGGCUAUUUGUACAUACGCCGUUCCCAAGUUCCGAAGUGUUCAGAUGUCUACCUCGUGAGUAUCUAAUGUUCAUCCAGUCUCCUUCGUCUGGUGUAGGUUCUUUGGACGCGUCGACUCGAGUUACUGACUGCCAAUCAACUCCAGGUCGCAAGGAAAUCUUGGAUGGUAUGCUCGGAGCCAACCUCGUAUGCUUCCAAACAUAUUCGUAUUCGCGUCAUUUUAUUUCCACCUGUAUUCGCGUAUGUGGAUACGAAACGACUUCGCGCGGGAUCGACGUCGAAGGCCAUGUCACGGCUGUCAUGCAUUGCCCUGUCGGUAUUGACGCGGAACGCGUUGCAAGGGACAUCACGCGUCCUGGUAUCAAGCCCAAGCUGGAUGCACUGAGAAACCUUUAUGAGGGCAAAAAAAUCAUCGUUGGGCGGGAUAAGCUCGAUGUUGUCAAAGGUGUCCUUCAGAAGCUCCGCGCCUUUGAGAAACUCUUGCAGGAUUAUCCCGAGUGGAUUGGCAAUGUUGUCAUGAUCCAAGUAACGAGCCCCGCUUUGACCGACUCGCCCAAGCUAGAGCGCAUGGUCAGUGAGCUCGUGGCACAUAUCAAUGGCGAAUACGGAAGUUUGGACUUCAUCCCCGUACACCACUACCACCAGACGCUAAAGAAGGACGAGUUUUACGCCCUAUUGAGUGUUGCUGACCUUGCUGUCAUUACGCCCCUGAGAGAUGGCAUGAACACCACUAGCAUGGAAUUCGUCAUCGCUCAAAAUGACACAGCCAAGAGCCCCGUCGUCCUCAGUGAGUUUAUGGGAAUCAGCAAAAAUAUGGAAGACGCGCUCCUCGUCAACCCCUGGAAUCUUGGUGAUGUCGCCGCUGCAAUUAACCAAGGACUUGUCAUGAGCCCAGCGGAGAAGGCUUCGCGUCAUGCUAAGCUUUACAAAGUCGUCACCGUGCACACAUCUCACACGUGGGCGGCUGUCCUCUACAAGAUGCUCCUGGGACAGUUGGGUUUGCAGGGUAUGGCACGCCAAACGCCUUACAUCCCCAAGGACCUCUUGGAAGGUCUGUAUGCCAAGGCGAAGAAGAGGCUUUUCUUGUUCGAUUACGAUGGAACAUUAGCACCCAUCGUCAAAAUUCCUUCCGCUGCUACUCCAUCAGCGGCUACUCUAGAGGCUCUCGAGAAGCUAUCCGCCGAUCCUCAUAACAUCGUCUACAUCAUUUCUGGCCGUGAUGGCGCUUUCCUCGAACAACACUUGGGACACCUUAAGAAUGUCGGAUUCUCAGCAGAGCACGGUGGCUUUGUUCGAGAACGCGGUUCGAGCGAGUGGACGAACUUCACGAAGAACUUGGACAUGAGCUGGAUGGCAGAGGUUGAGGAAAUUUUCAGAUAUUACACUGAGAGAACAACCGGAAGUCAUAUCGAGAUGAAGAAAAGCUCGAUUACGUGGCAUUAUCGAUCGAGUGAUCCCGAGUGGGGUCAAUUCCAGUGCCGACAAUGUCAGGAUCUGUUGGAAAAUAAUCUGGCUCACAAGAGGCCAAUUGAAGUGCUUCUUGGAAAGAAGAACCUCGAAGUUAGACCCAUUGCUGUAAAUAAGGGCGAGAUUGUCAAGCGUAUUUUGUACCAAAACCCUGAUGCAGAGUUCAUUUUCUGCGCGGGUGACGACAAGACCGAUGAGGAUAUGUUCCGAUCCCUUCUUCUCUUCCAACCAGGACAAACGUCAAAAGUGACGAUGGAGGCCCCUGUGGCCGUGAAGCUCGUCGACAACCCCAACGCCCCGCCCGUCGAGUUGGCCAUCCAGCCCCAGGCCGUUUUCACGACCGCCGUCGGCCACAGCAGCAAGCGCACAUUGGCAGCCUGGCAUGUGACGACGCCGCAAGAGGUGGUGGAACAUAUGCUGUCGUUGGUGAAGGAUGUGCCGUAUGUGCCUACCCCGGAGAGGCAGGGGACACCUGUUGCUGCAGCUGGUGCGUCUUGGGAUGGGGCCCGGGACACUCCCGAGAAAGCUAACCUUUAA